UACCCCAAAUCGCGCUUCUUCGCCCGCGCGCCUCUUCUCUCCAAAACCCUUCUCCCCUCUUUCUAUUCCUCGGUUCUUAGAUUAGAUCUACAGCUACAGAUCGUGUAGGCCCAGUAACCUACGGACGUGGUCAUCAACGGUGAAGAGAAUAGAAGAAAUCUGAGAAGGCACUUGAAGGUACUCUCUCUUUCUCUCUAUUUUCCUCUUUUGAUGGCUAGAAAUUGGGCAGCAUCCAUGGCAGCGGCAGCCAUGUCCGCCGCUGUCCAUGGCCCCCUAUAUGUUUGAAGAAAUGCUUCAACCACGAUUGGUAAACAAAUAGGCCCUCACACCCAAAGCAAAUAUGCUGGUUAGACCUGGGGCACCCUCUUUCGAUUAACUAUUUAGUACUGUCAAUCAAUCGUAUCACCUUCCCUUUAGGUUUCGUAACAUUGAUUUGCAAUAGGGAUGUAGAUCAUAUAAAGCUUUUCUUGCAGAAGCCUUUGUCCGUGGACGUCUACAAAUCACCCAGAUUCAAUCAUCGGUUUGUCCCUCUGUGGAUUUAUUGUCUUAUAUUCAAAGAGGUCCAUUGGCCGCUCAUCUUGUGGGUGAUCGAUGGCAUGUGCAAACAUAUUGUGGCUUUGCUUUCAGCCUUUCUCCAGCAGCUGGGUGCAGUGCCAUUAUCUUCUGAUUUUCUGCUCCCCUGUUUUUUUUUUUUUUUUUUCAUAUGAUAGGAGUGGCCUGCUGUUUAGCUGGGCUCUCCCUAAUCGUCAUAUUGUAUACUUGUCCAUAUCAAUAUACAGCUGGUUUUUUUUUUUUUUUUUAAAAGGUUAAAAAAAAAAAGACAAAUUCACACUUAACAUAAUUAUACACAGGUAUUUCAUAGAAAAACUAUGUAUGCUUUCUUUAACUAAAUAAUGAUGUGCUUGUCAUCUAUCUGUAUAUUAUCUUAGAGCCCUGACAGGGUUAAUCAUUGUCAGAAUUUAGUUCCUACUCCCAAUAUAUGCAAGUGUGGCAACAUGUAUGAGUUUGGGGCAUUCAUCAAGUGGACCCCUCCAUGCAGCCAAAAAUCAUGUUGAUGAGGUCUCUAGUGGGUCUCAUGUAGAAAAAAGAUGGAUGAUUGAAGGAACUGGCAAGGCCGGGGAACAUUAGACAUUCCAUCUUCCGAAACCAACACUUUGGAUAUUAUUUGACAUACAAUAAUCUCUAUACGCCUAUUAUGGAUCUGUAGAAUGGAUGAAUAGGAUCAUCAAGCUUCAUUAUGAUUAGGGAUUUUGUAGGAAUUAGUAAGUAUAGAUUUUUUUUCCCCCUCUCUUCUUCUUUUCUAUCAUAAAUAUGUAAAACAAGCCCUAAAAGGCAAAUGCUAAUUUUCUUAUACUCCAUCUUCCUUGUAAGAAGACAGCCAUAGUAUAAACUUUUUACCUUUUCCAUAGUAUAAGCUUUUUACUUUUUGGUUAGUUGUUUGUUUGUACUUUGCAUGCUUACACUACUAUAACAGAAACUAGCAAACUGAUGCAGAACAUGGCACAGAUACAUUCCUGGCAUGGUUGGACCAAAAGAAGGUGGACCGUAAAUUGAUCAUAAUUUAAUCUCUUCUCCUUAUAAAUGAUUUUGCUGACUCCUGCAAAACAGCGAGCCUGCAACUGAUACUGCACCCAUGGGCUCAGUUAUUUCCUGAAAUCAGCUAACAUCUUUCCUCUAAAAAAAAUAUUAUUUUGCUUUUAACCAUUUCAUUAUGUCAUCAUUGUUAUUGUUUUUGUUGUUAACACCAUGCAAUUUUACUUCUAGCUCAUGUAGAGUUUGUUCAAAUCCGGCCCCAUGACUAACUCAUUUAUUUCAUGCUGUUAUCAUCUCGGGUUGCUGCUAUUAAGGCAAUGCAUGAUGUUAUUUAUCUUCGCCAUCAUCUAGAGAAGGCAAGUUCAGUCCCUUCACCUUUUGGUCCAUUGUAUGAACUCAUUGUAAUAGAUAUUUGGUUCCUAGAGAGUCAAGAUUUCACCUAAUGGCGUUUGCUAACAAUAUUCAUUGCCUGUCACAGUACAACCAUUUGGAUUUUUCGGGAGUUGUUCUGCGUACUUUCAUUGAUGUUGGUAGUGGGAGGAAUGCUAAUACUGGAAAGGAUAAUGGGGUCAAUCAAAGCACCGACAGAGGCCUUACAUCCACCUCUUCACCAGUUUUGCAGGACAUAGAAAAUAAGGCAACCAUUCCAACCAUGAGGAAGAUGUUGCCCAUGAAGCUCAGACGGGCAAAACAUUGCCUUUUAAGUCCUACUUCAAUAUCUUGAAAAUACACUCGAGGAAGAUGAACUCGAUGCGUGGGAUUGAUCUGAAGAAGAUCGCAGAGAAGAUGAAUGGUGCAUCUGGUGCAGAACUCAAGGUGCCUGUCAUCCUUGAUCCCUACUCUGAUUAAUUAUCUGUUUGUUGAGUUUGGAGUUCCCAAAACACCAAUUCACACAGGGAACAAUGUAGUAAAUAGUUCCACUGAAAUUCUUAUUCCAUGCAUAUUUUGUUUUUAGACUGUUUACAUGGAGGGGAGUGUCACCCAUAUGCUACCAGUUGUUCACUAUGUUAGAAGAUCCAAAACCUUCAACUGGAGUAUGGCAAACAUAUUUUCCAAUUCAGGACUAAAAAUUAGGCAAUGUGUUUCCUGAACAGAGGAUCCACCGCGUGCAAAGCUCAGGCACAUAGCUUACUAUGAGCAGUCCUAAUAACAGGUUAGAAUAGUAAGCAGAGCAUCCAAUGUUUGUAUGUGAUCGUUCCUCAUUAAUUAGAGAGAAUUUUCUGAUGAUUAAAAGCAAGAAUUAGGUCAUGGGUUGGGCUAUUGGGUAAUCCAAAUUCUUGUCAUUUAGUCAUAGGGUUUUGAUAGUUAUGCAGAUAUUGAUUUGAUAGUUAGACUGAUGGAGAUUUGAUUGUAGGAUAGCGGUUAUCGGAAAGGAUUAGUCAAAAUCAAUAGGAAUUUGUGUGAAAGGAUUAUUAAAGAAUCGACAGAAAUUUCUAUUAUCGGUA